CUCCAACCCUCUUCUGCAUAAUCAUAAACCAUGUCGGAACAGAAGCUGCUUCAAGUGGCUGACCUUUUGAGCGUCAGCCUGCCAUUUCUGCUCCUUACGGUUCAAACCUUCUUUCUGUCGUACUGCGGAAUACCGGGAUCCCAUGCUCCGAUAUUGGUGGUGGGCAUGUUCCCGCCUGUUGUAUACGCAAGCUACCUUUCCACACAGACGUUUACCUUGGACCAUGUAUGUUUCGAUUUCCUCUGGACCAUCGCCGGGGCAUAUAUGGUUUUAAAGAGCCUGGACUUUGCUGUCAUGAGUGCUGGAGAAGUACCAAGAUGGAUAGGAAAUGGUGCUUGGAAUGACAAUGCAAGUGACGGACUGCCUCGAACGUUGAAGGAUCGCUUGGUCUACGCAAUAGGGCUUACGUGCAGCAACCGUGGCACAGGCUGGAAUUGGGGCCUGCAGCGUCCAGCUGAAAACCUUACUCGACGCCAGGUUGUCCGCAAGAUCGUUGUCGCAUUCUUGGUCCACGAUGCUAUUACCUCGAGUCUGUAUCGGAUCACGCACCCUCUAAAUCGUGACCUCAACAACGCGACGUUGAUAACAAAACUCCUCCUACCUCCGCUGGCCGCUGCCCAGCUUUAUUGCCUGUUUGAACUCGGCUACUACGCAUUUCAGAUCAUCACACCGCGACAAAUCACUCAAAAUUGGCCCAAGUUUCAGGACGCUUUCUACAAGAGCACCUCGCUCAGAGAAUUCUGGGGACGGCGAUGGCAUCAAACCUUUCGACGGAUGUUUCGUUCACUAGCAUGGCGACCGGUUAGUAAACUACUCGGAGGUACAGACACCCCUCUGCAAAAAUCGGUCUGCAUGCUGGCAGCAUUCACCCUUAGCGGCCUAAUUCAUGACGUUGGGUGUUGGCGCUUCGGUGGUAGUGAUUGGAGGAUGUGGAGCUUCUUUCCUUUGCAAGCUGUCGGCAUCCUUCUUGAGGCGUAUCUAGAAGUCAAACGAUGGCCGAAAGGUCUCGCCUGGCUAUGGACAAUGGGCUUUCUCUAUGUAGCAGCCUUGAACACAUUACUCAAGUCAGUCAUCGAGUUGGGAAUAUGGGAUGACAUUUUUGUGGGCCGAUGGGCGGUCGGAUGGUGUUUCUCACAAGUCGUACAGUUGUUCUGAGAGUCAGCUGCAGCUAUGGAGC